AUGCCGCGCCCUACGUUACCGCCCACGCCGGCGUCCUCGACGGACAUAAAGGGCCAAGACGGCUCCAAGAACCUCAACUCACUACAGCUCUCCUUUGAACUGCCACCGCCUGCCAUCGUCCAAGACGCCUCAAGCAUCUCCCCCAAGGACACGCGGACGUCUCCCAACACCGAGUUUCAAGCCAUCUUGCCCUCCAAGGCCGCGCCCUACCCUGUACAGCCCAGCGAGACGGUCAAGUCCCGCCGGCGUUCGUCAGCGGCCCAAAAGGCGGCCUCGAACGAGAGCUUCGCGCUGCCGCCACCGCCGACGCGGUCUCGCAAGAUUAUCCAGAUGAAGCCCCGUGCAACGCAGGAAGAACCCGAGGAGGCCCCGGCGGCCGCUGGUGCCAAGUCGGGGGCUGCGGGUCCGGGAAAGGCCGGUGCGGCGGCGGCCGCCGCUGCCACCACGACGGCGCAGGGUAAGAAGAAGCAGCCUUCCGCGACGAGCGCAGCGGGCCGCAAGAUUGCGAGAAAGACGGCGCAUAGCUUGAUUGAGCGGCGCCGGAGGUCGAAGAUGAAUGAGGAGUUUGCUGUGUUGAAGGGCAUGAUCCCUGCCUGCACGGGGGAGAUGCACAAGCUGGCCAUCUUGCAGGCAUCAAUCGAGUACGUGAGAUACCUCGAAGACUGCGUCGCCAAGCUCAAGGCCCAACGGGACGCGUCCGAGGCCCGCUCGCCCAGCGAGUCCGGCCUGCAGACCCCCGCAGGCCGGGGCGAGUCGUGGGGCGCCAUCCCCCAGUUCGUCCCCAGAUACCAAGAAGACCCCGACGACGUUGAGAUGACCGACUCGGAAGCCCCGUCGCCAGCCUUCUCCCCUGUACAGCAACAGCUACCGCAAACGCAACACUCGCGCUCGCAGCAGCCGUCCGUGUCACCGGCCCUGCUGCCGCAGGAUGCCAGCACGAGGCACCGCCACGACUCGUACUCUUCCGUGUCGACGGACCACCCAAGACAUUACAGCUACAGCACCUCGACGACGACGUCGCCUGCCUUCGGACCGCAGACGUCCGUCGGGUACGGGCACGGUGGCGGGCUCGGGUCGGCGCUCACAAGCCCCGCGUUGGUGCCGCAAAGGGACCUGGACCAGGAGGCGACGGCUGCGUUGCUGAUGUUGAACAGCGAUCGGAGGGGCACGGUUGGGGAGGCGGGCGCUAUGAGGAGUGCCGGGAGGGGUAUGUCGGUGAGGGAUCUGCUCAGUACAUGA